UUCAGCUUCGGUGCGACGUGGGCGUUUUCGUUGAUCGGUACCUACACAAAGGAACCGAUGAAAACUUAUUAAAAUACUGAACUUUAGAAAUAAGUUUGUAGAUUUAUAGAGAAAAAAACUGUAUUAUUUAUGUCUAUAACCUUUAUAAUCAAUAUAGUGAUAGAACAUUUACGUAUACGUUUAGUGAGGCUCAUAAGCGCCUGUUUGACUGCAGACGACAGACCAUUUGCCAAUAAACCAUUUCUGUAAAGAACUUUGACUUUCCGUUAGUGAUAUUUAGUAGUGUGUUUAAUCGAUAGUCUGUUAUGGAUUUUCCUCAAUGUGUUUCACCAAUUUGCCGGAGAAUGGUAAAACAAAGAUGAGCCGCCAUUUUGUCUAUUACUGAGGCACGAGGCGUGGCACAUUUUUAUUGCGCAACAGACUUCGGAUUAUAGGAAUUACUUCAUAAAUUUAUAAACAUGCCGCGUAUGGAUCCAAAGAAGCUUCUUAACUGCCUAAGUGUAGUUUUGUUACCCAAUGGAGGUAUCAAGAGCACAGAUGAAGUGGAAAGGCUGGCACUAUUGAUGACUCAGUAUUCAAAAAAACUUGUCUCAAAAUGUAUAUACAUACAAAUUUUGAAGUGUACAGAAACAAAUCUCUUAGAUGUAUUCAUGGGUUCCGGUGGCUGGAGAUUGCUUCAUAUGUGGCUGACUGAAGGCAUUGUAGCAAAAAAUUGGCCGCUCGUGAAGGAGUUGCUGGAGCUUUUGUUAUUGUGCCCAGUUGAUAUUGACAGACUGAAGUCCAACAACUGUCCCAAACUUGUAAAGGAAUUGUCAAAAGAUGAAAAUGACUUUGUGAUUAAAGCGCUAGCUUCAAAACUAGUAGAACAGUGGCUAAAAACUGUAAAAGGAGAACAGUCUCAUCCUGUAUCAAUAAGUGACAUACCAAAAAUUGUGUCUGAAACAUGUAGUGAAAUUAAAUCUCAUAAUAUGCCAGAAGCUUCCAAUGACGCAACAGAUAACGAUGAAACAAAAAUAUCGGAAAUGCAAUCUGAUAAAGAUUUAGAUUGUUCUGAAAGUAAUAUUGAAGAUACAAGCCAUAAUAAUAGCACAGAAAAUAUAAAUGAUAUCUCUGAUGAAAAGGGUGAAUCAAAUAAAGAAGUUGAAACCUUACCUGUGUUAAAAAUAUCCCUAAAGAAUGGGAAACAAGUGCUAACACAAGUUGAUGACAAUACUAAAUCAGCAAGUUCAGAGCUCAAAGCUGAGGUAAAUGAAAGUAUUAAAAGUAAAAAUAAAGAUAAAACGAGUGAAAGAAGGAGCAGUGACAGUUCAAAAUCCAGUUCUUCAAAGCAUUCAAGUAAAUCAAAAUCAUCCAGUGAUAAACAUCAAAAAGAAAGUAGACACAGCAGUAGCAGUAGGGACAAAGAUAAAGAUAAGAAAAGAGAUAAGGAUAGACAUUCCUCAUCAUCAAGCAGCUCAAAGUCAAAAUCAAGUAGUGGUAGUUCUAGCAGCAGCAAAAAAACAUCUUCAAGUAGUAAGUCUAAAGAUGAAAAGAAAUCUGACACAUCUUUAGAUAAAGAAAAGAGUAAAGAGAAAGAAAAGAAAGUAUCAGAUAAAGAGAAGUCAAGCUUGGAGGUAGUUGGCAAGCCACUGAGUCCAUCUAUUAAAAAACUUGGAAAAAUUCCUAAGCUUAGUGAAGUAAAACGGGAGAAACCAUCUAUUUCCAUAGAGGUUAGAAAACCUGAAGAUCCAAAACCCAAGACUGUAAAAACUUUCCAUUCCAAAUUCAGGAAACAUGGUUUAGAAGAAGAAAUUCAACCACCACCAUCAAGAGCUUCUUUAUUAACUAAGAAGCAGUUGCCGCCGUUGCCGCCAACAGUAUCUAUACCAAAAAGACCAUCACCAAUUCAUAACGAAACCCCUCCAGAAAAGAAACCAAAAACAAUUGAGGACAAGCCAGGGGCUAUAAAAUUAAUUCCCCCUAAACCGAAACCUAUGGUGCUACAAGAAAGCGAUCUGUUUAUGGACGCCUUGAAUGCAUCAACCACAAACAAGAAAGAACCCAAAAAGAGAAAACGAAGAAUGAGUGGAUCAAAAGAUGGUACUUCUAAUGAAAGUUCUCCACCAAACACUCCAACGAAUGAGGGCAAAUCUGUUCCCCCAAGAUUUUACCAGGAUACCCUUGACGAAGAAGAUUUAAAGAAAAAGACAACUGAGAAAGAUGGAGAACUUCCACAAAGGGAAGAAAAUAAUGUAAAUGAUAAAGAAGAAGAGAUGGAAGUUGAACCCCAUACGAAGACAAUUAACGGACUAAAGGGUGUUCUCUGCUAUCAUAGACGAAAAGGACCAAAGAAAAGUAUUAAGUGGAAACCGGAUUCAGAAUUAGAAGAAAUACAAUACUUCGAAUUGGAUGAAACCGAAAGAGUAAAUGUUACAAAAACGUUCACUGAUAUGAAACAUUUAGAAAUGAUUCAUGAGCGGGAAGCUUUCCAAAAGGCCAGAAAUCUUACCAAUGAUGAUGUAAUGGAAGAGAAAACUAUUUGGAGAAACUUAAUUCUUGUCGACUGUGCAGAUCAAGUAGUAGUUGAAUAUGGGAAGAAUAGUAAAGAGAAAGACAUCCAGGCAAUCCGUCAGAAGGGGACGCUACAGCCGUUAUAUUUCCACAAGUCUAUGAUUCCAGAUUCACCAUUCGAGCCAGACGUAGAGACUCAUACAUAUUCCGAGCCAACUCCGAUACCUCUAGAUGAUGUGACUGGGAAUGUCAGUGAUUUUAGAAAUAUGCCAUGGCCUGAACCCAAGGGACACCCACCAGCUAAUGCGAAUCUCAACGUUCCAGCAAUGUUCCCAACCAAUAUACCACAAUUUCCAAAUAAUUUCCCACCAAAUCAAUUUCCUGUCGGACCCGGAUUUCAAGGUCAACCGUUAUUACCCGGUGACUGGCAGAAUAAUGUACCUCCGGUAAUGCCUAACGGUAUACCGGGAUCAAUGAUACCACCGGUCAUGCCACCUAAUGGUAUGGCACCAGGAAACAUGCCUAGAAUGAUGGUUCCCAAUGAAACUAUGAUGAUGGGUCCAAAAAUGUUUGGUGGGCCAAACCCAAUGUUUCCUGGUCCACCUGAUGGUUUUAACAUGCCUCAAAAUAUGUUCCCUGGCGAUUUUAACAUGCCAGGACCUCAAGGUCCCCCUGGGCCUGAUUCUUUUUCUGGCCCAAAUAAUUUCCGCGGUGCAAUGCGAGGACGUGCUAAUGGACACUGGAGAGGAAACAGUGGUUUUGAUGGACCACCAAGAGGCAGAGGCGGAAAUAGAAGUGGACGAAAAGCUGUCUGUAUACAUUUUCAAAGAAAAGGAUCUUGUCGACAAGGAGACAGUUGUUCGUUUCUACAUCCGGGUGUAAAUUGUCCAUAUUAAAGACUUUUCUCCGUUAAUUUUAUAUGAGGUUUAUUGCCCGUUUUACAAGACUGUUUGUAAAUAUUAAGUUUAAUGUUGUUAUUUGGUUGUAAAUAUGUUACCAGGUAUAUUAUGUAAAUAUUAAUUUUGUAAAUAUUAGAUAAGUAAACGCGUAACAUACGAGAAAAAAUGAAUUAAACUAUUUUAUUGAU